UAGCUAAUUUCAUGGUUGCUCUGGUUGCCCGGUAGUUUCAUGUACCUCCCAAGUUUUGCCUAACUUCGCCUAGCUCGGCGUAGGCUUUGCAUAGGUACCAGGUGGGUAGGUUUGCAUGUGAGGACUCGGUUGCCCCCCGACCCACUUGUAAUUCCAGCUGGGGUAGCAACGGAUUGGCUGCAGCUUUGACAAUUCGCCAGACUUGCCUUCUCGAAGCAGCACUCAUCAAAGUCGUUGCCAUUAUGGCCUUCGAUACCUUCGAUAUCUCUAGGCCCUCAACACAAAAUGGCGGCUCACGUCCAUCUACUUCACGAUUCGUGGAGGGAUCUAUGAACGACCGAGUCAGCGCUGCACCGCCAGCACAAUUCCUCGGGCCUAAUCAGCUCAGGGAGUACGAAAGGCAGUUCUACGCCGGGCCGUCCAUAUUUCAACGAGAAGCACGCAAGACACGUCGCCCGUUCUCUGAGAGUAAUCUAUCUCCGCAAGCGAAGAUAGAAGAGCAUACUAUUACUCAUAGGAAAUCAACGGGCUUCUUCGGCCGAGUUCGAGAUGCCUUAGGAUGGAGUUCUUUCUCUUCCUCCUCCUCCUCCUCCUCCUCCUCUUCUUCUUCUCGGAGCAGCACUGGCUCGCAUAAGAUGGAGCAAGUGAGAAAGCAUAAGAGUCUUCAGGAGCCCAUCCAGCGACAGUCCCCUGCAGCACUGAGGUCGGAACAUCUUCGAGCUGCUAAAUCCCACUCCGAGAUGUACAACAUCCCGCAUCUACCUAACUUGGGUAACGGUAACACCCGCCCAUCGCGGGAGGAUGUCUUGGAAUCAUACAACCAACUGAUGGCGAGCGGCUUCUUUCAAGCUCAUGCCAUACACUCCACACGCCACGCUGCUCCAGGGAGCCGUGGUCGUGACCGGUAUUCUACACCACCGAUGCCUUCCAUCCCAGGCUCUGGACCUUGUUCUCCACAACCCCCGCCGCGUACAUCUUCUCUAGACGCGACUAAAUUCUUCAAGGCUGCUAGGAUGCCUAGAUCGCCACUGAGCCUAAACAAGGCGAGCUUUGACGGACCAAGAAUGGAAACAUUGGAGCCAGAGGACGAGCCAGUGCGUGCAUCAUGCACCAGUGAUACCCAACGUCCUACUCUCCAUAGCCGCAAACGCAGCAGAUUAGACACCGAAGACCGAACGAGCGUCGAGGCGCCCGGAAUGUCUACGUCAUCAUCUUUUGUCGAACCGCUUAAGAGGGUGGCAAAGAAGUUACGCAAGAUGCCGACUCCGCUUAAAGAUCUACGUAUGUCGGAUAACGUCUUCCAGCUCCCGCCUUCGCCCACGACGUCCGCCCGUGGUGCUUCAUACUUGAAGGAGAUAGCCGAACGCAUACGAUCGCCAUCCCCACCAUCAGUGCCGGUAGCAGUAGCGGUACCAGCACCGAUACUAGUACCGGCAUCGGCAUCGGCACCUCGACAGGCGGUGGGCAGACGAGCUGAAUCAGCUGAGCCCCAACCUCCUCGUAGAUCUCUCUCCAAUAGCAGCCGCGAUGCUGGUAGACUACGAAAGCGUGGCAAGUCAUCAUCCUUACGAUCACGGGCUUCGUCGACAGAAUCCGAGAACUGGGAAGUUCUUGGAGACCGUUCUUCUAUGGAAGACCAGAAUGACGAGCCCGAUGCAUCCCCCUUACGAUCACGAGAGCUCACUGCUCUGAGCAUCGUGCCCGAUGUAAACCGUGGCAUUCCCAUGGUUCCGCGCAUCCCAGAUCAAUACAGCUAUCACAAGCCUCGUGUUUAUUAUCACCAAGAUGAGAACACGGCGGCCAACUGCUUUUACGGAGAGGCGUUAUAAGGGUUUUUAUUCCCCGUGACAACUAACCAAGCGGCAGAAGCGAAGCGGACACCAACACCACCACGAUUUACGACUUUCUGGAUUCGUUUGCAUGAUGAUUAUGAUUGAUACGACAAAGCAGAAAAAGCGAUCACAGAACCAUUUACUGGGAAAUCGCGCGGCGUUUUAAUUUCCAUUCCGGGCGG